AUGCUUGAAAUACGAAUAUCCGGUGAAAAUUUUUCAUCAUCAUCAUCUACUAUAUUAUCUUCAUCAGAUACGAAUGAAGAUAUUCAUGUUAUAUUAAGUUCAAAUGGUAGAUUAAAAAUUAUUUCAUCUCUAUGGACUUCAAUAUUUACUGAUAUUCGUUUACGUUGUUUAUCAUUAAUUGAUCUUCAAUUAUAUGAAAGUGAUGCUCAAAUAUUAGCUGAAUAUUUACGUAAACAAAUUUAUUUAAUUGAAUUAACUUUUGAUUCAGUUCUUUUACAUGUUUAUUCAUUUGAUCAAAUUCUUAAUGAAGGUUUAAAAAAAAAUAAAAGUAUACAAAAUUUAAUAUUAACUAAUUUAAAUAAUAUUGAUGCUGCAACUAUUGCUAGUCUUAUCAAACAUAAUAAUACUAUAAAAUAUUUAUCUCUUACACAUAAUAAUAUUUCAUCAGAUGGAGGAGCACUUAUUGCUGAUGCAUUACGAACAAAUUCAACAUUAAUUUCACUUGAUUUAAGUGAUAAUCAUAUUGGUGAACAAAUAGCAAUUGAAUUUACAAAAAUUCUUAAUGAAUCACAUCCAAGUCUUACACAAAUUAUUCUUAAUAAUAAUAAUAAGACUAUUGAUGAACAUUCAAAAACAAUAGAUAUUGAAUAUAUACCUGAAACUGAACCUAUUUUAGAUGAAAAUAAACAUAUAAAUAAUGAAGUACAAUCACAAUCUAAAACUAAAUGUCAAUUUUUAUCAACUAUUCUUGUUACAUUUCUCUUCUUUCUUUGGGGUAUACCAAAUAAUUUAAAUGGUGUACUUAUUCGACAAUUUUCAAAAUCUUUUGUUCUAUCUCCUUUUGAAGCUGGUCUUGUUCAAUCAGCUUUUUAUAUGGGUUAUUUUAUAUGGGCUUUACCUGCAGCUAUUAUUCUUCGUCGUUGGGGUUAUAAAACUGGUAUUAUUAUGGGUUUAAUUCUAUUUGGUACUGGAUCGUUUCUUUUCUGGCCAGCAGCAUAUAUUGGAAAAUAUAUAUUUUUUUUAAUUUCUCUAUUUAUUAUUGCAACUGGUUUAGCUUUUCUUGAAACUGCAGCUAAUCCAUUUAUAGCAAAUGCAGCUGGACCUGAACAUUCAUCAGAAAAACGUCUUAAUAUAGCACAAGCAUUUAAUCCAUUAGGUGCUAUAACAGGUGUACUUAUUGGAACAUUAUUUAUAUUUUCUGGUGUUGAAUUAAAUGAAAAACAAAUUGAACAAAUGCGUAUUAAUAAUACAUAUGAUAAUUAUUUAAAAACUGAAACAUUACGUGUUAUUCGACCAUAUGUUAUAAUUGGUGGUGUUGCAUAUUUAUGGGCUUUAUUUAUUGCUAUUGUACCAUUUCCAACUAAUACAAAAAUAAGAAAAAAUCAAGAAAAUAAAAAAUCUGAUGGAGUAAAUACUCUUUGUCGAGGUUUAUUUUUAUUUUCUAUUAUUGCACAAUUUGCUUAUGUUGGUGCACAAGUUGGUACUUGGUCAUAUUUUAUACAAUAUGCUCAAGAUUAUGUUCAAGUUGGAGAAAAAAUUAGUGGUUAUUUAUUAACUGGUACAUUAAUUAUGUUUGCACUUGGCCGUUUUAUAGCUGCUUUACUUAUGCAUUGUGGACUUUCAUCAUCAAUACUUUUAGCUACAUUUGCUUUUAUUAAUGUAUUACUUAUUGUUAUUACUGUUCUUAUGCCAAAUAGAAUUGGACUUGUAGCACUUUUUAUUACAUCAUUCUUUAUGUCACUUAUGUUUCCAACAAUAUUUGCUUUAGGUAUUAAAGGUAUGAGUGGACAUACAGCGAAAUUAGCUGGUUGUCUUCUUAUUAUGGCAAUAAUUGGUGGAGCUAUAUUUACACCAUUGAUGGGUUUGAUUUCAGAAAAAACUGAACGUUUGGCUUUGGCUUACACAUUACCAGGAGGAGCAUAUUUUAUUGUUGGUCUUUAUGCUCUUUUUGCUUAUGUAUUGACGAUGGAAAGAAAUGUACAGUCAUAG